GUUGUCUCUUCAGUUGCUUCUCUCGUCAAAAGCUUCACUGUGGUCUCCUCGUCACUUCAGCCCGACAAUUGCAGUCCAGCUACUUACCCGGCCACAGUAACAUGGAACCCUGGGUUCUUCCAAACCGCCACCAAAGGCAUUAAUCCAAUAAGAGAUACCAGUACAACAAACAACCAAAACAUCAAGAUGCCUCCGCGUCGUUCCCACAAAAAGUCGAGGGCGGGUUGCCGCCGCUGCAAAUCGAGGAAGAUCAAGUGCGAUGAGGUGCAUCCUCGAUGCGGCAACUGCGUCAAGCACGGCGUCCCCUGCGACUUUGAACAUCCUGAAAUCAUCGCCGAGCUCCAAGCUGCCCAAACUGCCUCCGUCUCGAGUCCGUCGACCGCCGCCGGAACCCCGUAUACUCCGGCAUAUUCUCCCGGCGCCGAGUCCGUAUCGAAUGCGUCAACAUCGCGCUUCCAACGAGCACCGCCCCUAUGCCGCUCACCACCCUCCCAAGCUCUCUCGACAACCACUCCGGUCGCCCACCGAAUGCUCGAGUUGAGAUUGAUGCAUCACUACACCGCCAUGACAUGCAAGACCUUUACCUUCACCGCCCCCACUACGGAGCACAUAUGGAAGAUUACCGUGCCAGGCAUGGCUUUUUCGGGCUCUCAACACCUCACAGAUGCCAUCCUCGCCGUCGCUGCCCUUCAUCUGCGAAGCCAAUCCCCAAACGACAAGGACCUGGUCCGCGCCUCGCACGCAUACAUGGCGGCCUCCCUGGCCGAAUACAGCGCCACACUUACCAAGGGCAUCGACAGUACCAACGCUGAAUCCCUUUUCCUAACCGCCUCCCUCAUCGCUUUCCAAUCAACAGCCACCCGCGUCUUCAUGAAAGACGAAUUGAACCUCGCUCAAGCAACCGGGAACUACACCGAGGAUUUCAACAAGCAAGGCCGAUACACAGCAGCUGGGUGCUACUCGAUCCCCUUCUCGUGGUUCCACUCCUUCCAGGGCGUCAAGGCUGUCACCGCCGCCUCCUGGCCAUGGCUACGCACCAGUCCCGUAGUGACAGAAGUGAUCAACUCCCAAGUCGUCUUGCAACUCGACUUGGGACUUGACCGUCAGACCUUCUUCGGCCAUCUUCUAGAUGAUUUGAGUGAAGAGUUGGAAGAAAUGGCCAACCCCUCAGAACCAGCAUUGUUACACCCCGAUUCACCCGGACAACCCUUUCAACAGCGCCGAGUACCUGCCUCCCCUGAACUGGUGACCAGCACUCGCCAAGCAUACCAGCAUGCCGUCGCUGUGCUCAACUGGGCGCAUAAAAUCCCCCAUAAAGGCGCGCCGCUAGCGUUUCCAGCAACUGUGUCCAAGCGCUUCAUCGAAUUGCUAGAAGAGCGCCGCCCACGGGCCCUUGCCAUUCUCGCAUGUUUCUUCGCCCUCCUCAAGUCCCUCGACUCAGUAUGGUGGCUGCACGGCAUGGCUCGCCGAGAAGUUUUGGGCGUGGUGUCUCUCUUCAACAGCGACUACUUUGGCCCAGAGGCCUACAGCAAAUGGUGGCCGCACCUGGAAUGGGCGAUGCGGAUUGCGCUGUACGAAACGCCGGACGGCAGCUCGACGAUACCCCCUGAGGUGUGGGGGGCAGAUUGGUACGCGGAGGAACAGGCGCUGAAGGAUCAGAGUGAACAUAGCUAUUACCGGCAUAUUGAGUUGCUGUGCCAGACGGGGAACUCGACGAGAAGCAUUCCUGAAGUUCCCUGAGUAAACAGCCAUUAACAAGAACGUGACACAACCAAAGGUGACGGACGGUAUGAAAACCAAAGCGAGGAGGCAAAACCCCGAGAACAAGAGGAACACACGCCUAGGAGGUGGUCCCUUUUAAGUAGGCUUCCGGGAAUACGAAUACGAUCGAAGUGGGACACUGGUUGAUAUCUAGUGGUGUCACGCACCGGGGCGGCGGGCGUUGUCGGACGCAGACGUCAAGUGCCGCGCCUAUCAAACCGGCGGAACCGAACCUAACCGAGGAGGGGAGCAGAUACGUGGCUCCCCCCCCCUCCUCGUUGGAGAAUCCCCCGAUGUCAGCCAUUUCAGCACCGCUGACAAGGCAUCACCGAGUCGAAAGAAGAGCGUCAAACAUAUAUAACUUUGACAUAGACACGCGCCAGGCUGGGGCGCCAAAGAUUGGAAAGAACAUUACAACAUCAUUGUCUUUUUUUUUUUUUUUUUCAUACUAAACCAUAGCAGAGGCGUUGAGGGAAAUUCUUCACUAUACUAUAUAAAGGAAACAAGAAGACAUAGAACUGGGGAUCUGAAGAAGGGGGGUGAUUUAGCCUGGGGUUGAGAUGGCGGGGAGACUUCGGAAGCUGGAAGGUGGAUGUUGGAUGAUACCCUUGUGGAGAAGAGAUGAUUGAUUGGAGAAAGAGAUUUUUUUGAAGCUUCGGAUGCCCUUUUUAUUUGAACAGUCAGUCAGAUGUGAAACCUUAUUUACUACUGUAGUGGGUAGGGAUUUUGGUACUUAUCGACUGUAGCAAAUAUGAUACAAUACCUACAUAUCUC